AUGGGCAACACGGCCUCGGUCGAGGAGCUGGGGAGGGGCCGGAGAACAUCUCACAAGCUAUCCAAGCCCCGAACUGGCAAUCCUGAGACAACAACGACUAACAAGCUGUUGAGUCCCGUGGGACAGCCCAACCCGAGGCGGCGCUUUUCCACCUCGAGAACAACUUCCCUUCCAUAUGGCACAUCUCCUGCUCCGGACCCAUAUUCAACGUGGCUUUCUCCAGCAGACAUGAGCGCCGCCGAGGCAACCUCCACCUCUGGAGAUGACCAGCCAGAAAUCAAGACGCGCUCCAGAUCUCGGUCCAUUACUCGCGCCGCCAACGCCAUCUUUCGUUCAAGGUCUUCACAGACACCUCACGGUUCAAGGCGGCAGCAGCAAGGCAGUGUUGGACGGCAGACACCUUCUCAGAGUGCAUUGCCAAGUAGAGCCAACUCCAUGAUCAUUGGAGCUUCUGAGUCGUCUUAUACGCAGUUCAACUCUUCGAGCUGGCAGGCUUCUGGCUCUCGUACUUCGGCAGCAUAUGAUCUCAACUCGUACGAAGCCAAGCGGCUCUUGAAUUUGGUCGAGGAACCGUCUGGUGAGAACAACUCAAUCGUAUCAGACAGCCAAUUCCAGGUUAGGGAGCUGGCAGUCAGAGAUUCCAUUGCACUGUCAUUAGCGGACGCGCCCCCGGCGGGUGGUAGUAUAGCCAGAGCUAACUCGGACAUUUCAAUGUAUGCGCCCAUGCGAAGACGGUCGCUUUUGGUUACACCAGGACUCGCUACACGAAGGCCAGAGCCAUCGAGAGGUUCACGGAACGCAAGGGCCAGAUUUAGUCUGCCUUCUACCCCAGCACGUCGGGAUUCUUUCGAGUCUGCGGGUGACAUGUUUUCUAUCCCCGUACCCACCAUUGAUCCCCAGUCGAUACCUCGUGCGUCAACACCAUGCGACGACGAUUAUGGGCAUAUUGGAGCUUUCAAGUUGGGAAGUUUGCGUAUCACAAACGGCAGCCCCGUGGCUAGCCCCUUGAGCGACCUGGAGCCGUCUCAGAGUGGCUAUUUCGGUGAUUUAGCAUAUCGGAGCCCCGGUGUCGAGUAUUUUGAACGCCAUCUUAGAGUGAGAAAUCACACGAGGACAAGUUCGCUGGAGAGUGCAAGUCAUGCCAUGGAUAUUCCCAGGUCAAUCCCAAACAACGCCCAUCUUCGUUCGAUUCAGACAGCGCCACAAAUUUUCCUGCAAGAAAGUAGCAUGCCGGAACUGCCAAAAUCGCCUCACUAUCUGCCACAUGUCGACCUCAGCCCUCCAGUCAUCGAAGCACCAGAUGCGCAUCCUACCGGUUUACAGACUACUAGUAAGCAUUCUGCUUUGGAGGACAACUUAUUCCAAGAUGAGCAGGAGGAGAUUCUGCAACCCGAAGUCUUGGAUGUACGCGUGGAUCUCAACGCCAAGUCCUUGCCACCACGCCCUCGUCUGAUAUCAGAAGGCAGAACGCCGCGUGCCAUGAUGAGAUCGGACAGUGGCGUAGCAGCCACUCCAAUCUCAGAGCACCCGCAUGGGGCAGGAGCACUGUCAAAGAGCGAUUCCGGCUACAGCUCGAAUAUAUCUCUUCGUUCGUUCUCUGCCAAGCCACCGGUCCCUGAAAAAGAAGAGUCUCCAGCCCAGCCAAUCGAUGUUCCGCCACAGACGCCUGCAAAAGAUUCUUUCCCGGUUGAAUUGGGCAUGGGGGCCGGAAAUGAUGACAUGAACGCACAAAGCGCUACACCCAAGACGAGCAAACCAGUGGCCCCUCCUGUUCCUCGGAAGGAUUUGCCCGUUAGUGACGACUCUACUCCUACGAUGGUCUUGCCUAUCAGCACGAAAGUGGCGGAAUUCUUUGGAGAAAGAGCCUUUGUGAUUGAGCAAAAAACGUUGCGAGAUACAGCGAGGAGUGGACAAGACCAACCAGAUAGCCUCCGCGGCUCUCUUGACCUACCGCCUCUAAGCCCGUCGGGCUCUGUGCCUUCUACUACGUCCUCCUCGAAUGGUAGCAAUGGGGCUCGCAAACCCGGAAAGCUUGAGAGGUUGAUUAGCAAUGCACGCAAACCGCUUGCGAUCCACGUGACACAGCCUCCAGAGAAAGACAGCGCCACUGCCGCCUCUAGACACGAUAGGGAAGAACAAGGUGGUCAUGGCGGAGGGUUUUCGAAAUCGUUGAAGCGACUCGCAUUGAAGCCAGUGUCUAGCAGAGCGACAUUAGGAACCAUUUACAGCGUUGGCAGCGCCGAAGCUCGUGAGGAAGAGCCGCCACUACCUUCCGUGCCAACAGUGGUGUCGAAUGCUUUGGAAGUCAAGGGCGGAAGACCCAACGGGAUCGCUGGUCCGAGACCACUUCCACGCAAGCCUCUACCCAUUCGUAAGAAUUCAAUCGACAGGGGGCAGCACUUGCCCACCUUGACGAGUACGCGGGACGAGCCUCUAUCGCCGUCCUCACUGGAGGUUGCUUCAGCCACAUCAAUGUCACCUCGUUCGUGGGAGCCGCAAAGCCCAACGUUUAGAAACACGGAUCGCGGCCCCAUAGACAAUGUGCCGUCUUCGCCCGUCAACGAAACAGACUCGCACCCCAAGGCAAGAUAUGCUCCACCAGUCAGUAUGAAGACACGAACACAAGCCUCGAUCCGCAUUGUGCCCCCUUCGAGGUCAAAGUCAACUCCACCAGUUGCCAGGCAAACCUCUCCAGCACCGCCGCUCCCCCGAAAGGCUAGUAGGGAGAAUAUGCAAUACCACCCUCCCAACAAGCCGUCCUUAUCCCGGAGAUCAAGUCGCGAGAGUGUGCAUAGCUAUCCACCUGCCCAGCUGCACUACGAGAGCCUAGACUAUCACAUGGCCACCUCAAUGUCCGAGGAAAUUGGUCUUCAUUACUUGGCCAACGUCCAGGCGAGGAACACCACUUAUCGUCAACCUGACUGGCAAGUCAAGACUGGCCAUGAGAUACCUUCGGAAAGGUCGUCCCUGGACCAAAGUCGCCAGAACUCGCUGCCGAGUUCAAGCAACUACUAUAAUUCUGGAAGACAAGAAUUCAAGCCACGGUUACAAAACACAAAGACUCCUGUCAGACCGUCUGCAGAUGCAGUCCGAAGACUAUCGAGCUAUGGUAGCCAUGGCCGCCAGCAAGACCGGACGGCUGUGCACGGUGUUCAUCACGAGAGUUACCAGACUCAUGUUGUCUCUGGUGCACAACCAUCACACGGCGACGCACCUGGUGCCGCAAUUGAUCCCUGGGCUGGCAGAACGAUGAUACCGAAAUCGUUGGACCAGCAACCCCGCAAUCCACCACACGUGCCUCGCGGCCAUUCCAGAACACAUAGUCUGGGAAGCCAUGGUAGCAAUGCACCGCCUUAUAGGAUAUUGCACAGCUACAACUCCCCAGCCUACAGAAACGCUCCCAUUUGGGGUUAA